AUGUCUGCGUCUUUAGCCCCCGAAUGCAAUGAAGUCAAGGAGCGCUACGAUACAUGCUUCUUGAAAUGGUACAGUGAGAAGUACCUCAGAGGCACCGGCACAGACAACAAUGAGUGUGCCGAUCUAUUCAAGAACUACCAAAAGUGUUUGACGGUCGCUCUCAAGGAACGCGGUAUAGACAAGCUGCUGGAUGAGGCGCGGGAAGACCAAAAAGACAACGAUGCAACAUACAUGGGACGUAAAUGCAUUUCAAUUCUGGACAAGAUAUCUCGCAAGCUAGUUUAUUUGGCGUUUUUCAGGGUUGCAUUUGUUGGGCACAAUGUGGCAGUGUUUAGAGACGGCAAUCUCCCAAUAUGA